GCUUGCGGGGUGGGGAAGGCGGGGGCGCGGCGGUGGCGGGAGCGUCCCUGGUUUCCGCCCCUGUUUCCCACUCUCCUUCCACCUCCGACCGCCGGGGCUGUGGACAGGCUCCGCUGGCCCGUCCCCCGGAGCCGCCCUGCUGCCGCCGCUCCCUCCCUCCGCUCGCGGUGAGCCCGGCAGUCUCCGCACGGUGCGCUCCCCCCGUCUGGGCCAUGGAUGGCGGGGAUCUGAUGAGCUUCUUUCUUCUGGCAUCAUUAACGGACCUUUUACCAUGAACAAUUCUAGUCCUUCUAUAGGUGUGUAUGCUAAUGGGAAUGACAACAAGAAAUUUAAAGGAGAUAGACCUCCCUGUUCGCCUUCCCGUGUUCUCCAUCUUCGCAAAAUUCCAAGUGAUGUCACCGAAGCAGAGGUCAUAUCAUUAGGUCUACCAUUUGGCAAAGUAACUAAUCUUUUGAUGUUGAAAGGAAAAAGCCAGGCUUUCUUAGAAAUGGCUUCUGAGGAAGCUGCUAUUACUAUGGUGAAUUAUUACACUCCUGUUACUCCUCACCUUCGAAGCCAGCCUAUCUUUAUUCAGUAUUCCAAUCACAGAGAACUUAAGACUGACAAUCUACCUAAUCAAGCUCGAGCCCAAGCUGCACUGCAGGCUGUCAGUGCUGUCCAGUCAGGAAGUCUGGCCCUUCCUGGAGCUCCCACCAAUGAAGGCACAAUGCUACCUGGGCAGAGCCCUGUGCUCCGGAUAAUUAUUGAAAACCUCUUUUACCCUGUUACUCUGGAAGUUCUUCAUCAGAUAUUUUCUAAAUUUGGCACAGUCUUGAAAAUUAUCACCUUUACAAAGAAUAAUCAGUUUCAAGCCUUGCUUCAGUAUGCUGACCCAUUGAAUGCACAGUAUGCCAAAAUGGCACUGGAUGGCCAGAAUAUCUAUAAUGCAUGCUGCACUCUGCAUAUUGACUUCUCCAAGCUUACCAGCCUUAAUGUGAAAUAUAAUAAUGACAAAAGCAGAGACUUCACUCGCUUAGACCUUCCUACUGGUGAUGGCCAUCCAUCCCUUGAAUCCCCUAUGGCUGCUGCUUUUGGUGCACCAGGUAUAAUUUCCUCACCAUAUGCAGGGGCUGCUGGAUUUGCUCCAGCCAUUGGAUUUUCUCAAGCUACAGGUCUGUCAGUCCCAGGUAUUCCUGGAGCUCUUGGUCCUCUCGCACUCACCUCCUCUGCUGUCACUGGAAGAAUGGCCAUUCCUGGGGCUGGUGGUAUACCAGGAAAUUCUGUUCUGCUUGUCACCAAUCUCAAUCCUGAUCUUAUCACACCACAUGGGCUGUUUAUCCUAUUUGGAGUAUAUGGUGAUGUACAUCGAGUGAAGAUUAUGUUUAAUAAGAAAGAAAAUGCUUUGGUUCAGAUGGCAGAUGCAAAUCAAGCUCAGCUAGCAAUGAACCAUCUGAACGGUCAGAGACUUUAUGGAAAAGUGCUCCGUGCUACACUGUCCAAACAUCAGGCAGUUCAGCUUCCUCGAGAGGGACAAGAAGACCAAGGUCUGACUAAGGAUUUUAGUAAUAGUCCUUUGCAUCGCUUUAAAAAGCCUGGCUCUAAAAACUUCCAGAAUAUUUUUCCACCGUCAGCCACUCUGCAUCUUUCCAACAUCCCACCUUCCGUUACAAUGGAUGAUCUGAAGAACCUUUUCACAGAAGCUGGAUGUUCAGUGAAGGCUUUUAAAUUCUUUCAGAAAGAUCGCAAAAUGGCCCUUAUCCAGUUGGGAUCUGUGGAAGAAGCGAUCCAGGCCCUCAUUGAGCUUCAUAACCAUGACCUUGGAGAAAAUCACCACCUCAGAGUUUCCUUCUCAAAAUCUACAAUCUGAUUUUCUGUGAAUUUUUCUUCUAAGACUGGACCAUAAUAGCAGUAAAAUGUUCAGACAUAGACUGAAGCAACUCAAGACCAAUUCUGCCUCUUUUACAAAAAUGAUUUUUUUCUGAGUUUGCUGUUUAAGUAUAUUCAAAAAAUUAAGGAAUGUUUCCCCCCUGCCAAUCUGAGAUCAAAGGGGUGUUUUUCCUUUAUAUCAUAGUUUCUAUGAAAAUAAUCUUCAGGAAAAAAAAUUUUUUUCCAGUAAUUUAAUUCCCCAUGUUAAAUUGGAUUUCAAAAGGACAGACUCUUUUAGUUUGGGACCAGAUCAGCCUUAUACAUUUCUAAACUCCUUUGUACUUUAAAAAAUUAAAUAUAACAACUUUUAAAAUUACUUGAUAUAAGUAAUUUCAAUUUCUUACAACCAAGUUUUUAACUUAAUGAUUCAGAAUUUGUUCAUGUAUAAAUUACAUCAAUUAUUUAGCAUAUAUUGAUGGUUAUACAUAAACAAACUGGUUUGUGUUGGAAGCAGAUUUAUAAACUUCAUGGUUUUCUUUCAGUUUUUUUUCCCCCCACUGGUAAGACACUCCUAUAAAUAUUGCAUAUCUUUAAUUUUUUAAGAGUAUUUGGAGAAAUGAAGCAUCUCAACUGUCCCAAGAAAAUUAAGUAGAAUCCAACCAGGAUCAAUUAAAGUGUCAGAAUAAUCAGUAAUUUUCUUAGGAAAAAUCAUGUUUUAAAUUUCAAAAUGAUACAUUUGCUGAGUAAUAUAAUAUGAUCUUAGAAAACUAAAUAAAAAUUCUACUUAUAAACUACUUUUUUAUAAUUGUUUUCAGAAAAAAAGUUUACAGUCUUAAGGAAAAUAUUCAGGUCUAUCAUAUGGUUUGACAGAUUUUUAAAAGUUAUUUUUGGUAAGGUCUUCUUUUAGAAAAAAAUUAAUCUCAAGGGUUUUUUGUACCACUAUAAUCUGUAAUACUUAUUCAGAAUUACUGUGUAUUUACUUAAUUUCUAAUUAUGUGCCUUAUUAUGUGCUUAUGAUACAAUAGGUUAGAGUUUUAUCUAAGUAUCUUGAAAGCUAUAUUGUGGGCUUGGUGAGUGUUUGCCUUUUCUUUCCCUGUUUUGGUAAGGAUUCUAAAGGUUUUUUUCAUUGCUAUUUUAAGUGAUUUUCAAUAAGUAAUCAUUUUUAUUCAAAUUUAUGGUGCUUUGGUGCAGAGAUGGAGUGGGGAAGGGUAAAUGGUUUGGAUGAUAAUUCAGUGUACACCUGUAGGCCUCUUCACAUUGUGACCAAUAGCAGUCAUUGCCGUUACAGCAUACUGAUUUGGAGCUAUGAAAUGCAAUCUCAGUUUCUAGAUCUUGUCAAAUCUUUAUCAUUCAUUAGAUUUUGUCUCAGGAUUACUUGAUUUCUCUCAGUACUCAAGCAGAACUUGCUUUUCUUUGUUAAUGUAGCUUCAUUACUGAGUGCCCACAUAUGUGGAGUAUGGCAGAGUGGGUUCCUGCUCAUUCUCAGUCCCAUUCCCUUUUCUGGUUGAAUGUAAGAGUGCAUUUUAAUGUGGCUUCAGUGAUUGUAUAAUGUAAAAUUGUUUCUUUUUAAUGAGAAACUUUGCUUUUGUUAAUUACUCCUUCAAUGCUUGAUCAGAUUUUUUAAAAGCGGGAUUUGUCAAAAGGGACAUUUUUGACCACUUACACUUCUCAGAUUCUCAGAGUGGCUCAUCUCACCUUUAAGAGGAAUAUCUCAAUCUCUUUGUUAUAUUCCAGCCAUUUAUUUGAACACAGGAAGGGUUCUACAAAAGAAAUUUUACAAAAAAUUGGAGACACAGGAAAUGUUAUAGGUUGUUAAAAAGCAGAAUUCACUCAACACGGAGCAGCAGAAGGUAGGUAGAAUUGGAAGGAGAACACUAAAUUGAGACCGUUUGGGUGCAUCAGUUUAGCAUUGGCUGAAUAGAUAGGUAUAAUCACUUAUCAGAUUUUUUAUUUUUUUCACUUAUGAGAUAUAUUUUUAGCUAAACACUGAGCAAAGGGGAAAAUGUCUUUGAGACAUCUCCCAAAAUUUACUUCCUUUUCCCUCCAUAUAGGCACUAUUAAAGUUUUCAGUGACAUGUUAAAUUGGAUUCUUUCAUUUGCUUUGAGUUAAGAAUUUCUGUGUACUUUAAAGUCAUGAUUCUCAUAAUAUUCAGCAUGUAAGUGUAGCAAAAGUGUAGCAGAAGGGAGAUCAUAAGGGUGUUGAAUGUAAUUUUGAAAUAGAGCAUGGCCUUUAAAUCUGAGAGAACGUUUGAAUCCUUUUCAGGGAUUUGUGUAUGGGUGUGUAUAGAUAAGUGUGUAUGUGUAUAUGUAUGUAUACAUAUAUAUAUGUACAUAUAUAUACACACACACACACACACACACAUAUACUCUUCUGAUGUACAUACAUAUACACAUUACAUACCUUUUAAUUUAUUGACAGAAAAUCAAAUUAAGAUUUGGAAAAGUGAGAUAUUCUUAUUUAAAGUAGUGUGUUUGAAACCAUCGAUUUGUGUCUAAAAUUAGCUGUAGCACAUGGAUGUUAUCCAUACUGGGCUAUUUGCUGUUUAACUUCUAGAAGUCUACAGUGUUUGUGUUGGCAUAGUUUAUGUAAAAAGAUUUUAAAAUGUCAGGGUAGUGGAAAAAUUAGAUCUUUGUAUUUUUGUUUUUGGCAUGCAUUUAUUAGAUAUCUUCUAAGUCAUGUUUUCACUGUUCAGCUGACAUAUUCUAUUUUUAAGCUUAUUUACUUUAUUUUAAGGAGUAUGUCUUGUCACUUUUGGAAGUAUCUUCACUUUUACACACACACAAAAUAUAUAUAUAUAUAUAUAUAUAUAUAUAUAUAUAUAUUUAUAUAUAUAUAUAUUCAGGACUUUAAAAAAAAUAGCAGUACAUGUUUAACAGUAGCAAUUUAUGCCAAAAAGUUUUUCUUUGAGAUUUAAGUAAGUUGCAGAGCAGUAAAAUGUGUUUUGUGUGAAAUACAAAUAGAAAAAUGACCCAGUAACUUAAAUGAUAACUUACCAAUUAAGAAUAUCAGCAUUUUACCCAAUAGCUCCUACAGAAUGCCAUAAAUCCUUUCAGACUAAAUAUUGUGAUCUUUAUUUGUAGUAGUAAUAUUUCUGAUUUUUUUUUUUGGUCAAAAGAUGUAGAUAUCACCAUUUUUAGAGACGAAUGUCUUUCUGCUUGCCUAAUUCCUUACGGGAGCAGAGCAGUGCGUUCUUUGGCUCCACCUACAAUAGUAACCUAGGUUCUGCCUCAGGUGGUUAGAAGUAACUCUCAUGAAUGUCUCUGUUCAGUUUCAUGUAAACGUUUCAAAGCUUCCAUGUCCUUAGGCAGGGAAGUUUAUAUAUACAUUGAGUAAAUUAUCAUGUAAUUUCUCUUCUGUUCCCACUAAAUAUUUUUGGAUAAAAGAUAACAAGCUCAAAAGUAUGUGCCCCCCACCCCCAAUGAGUCACUUAAAAAACCUGAAGUUUGCCAAACUAUUAGCCUAUCUCUUAGAAAGCUUAAUGUGUACUGCUAUUUUUAAAACCAAAAAGACAGCAUGACUAUGCGUAAAAGCAUUUUUCUUAGCCUUUCCUUUGUCUUGAUCUGUUGUUAACAAGAAUACUGCCAGACUUAAAAUAUUCUACUAUUGUCCUCAAAGAAAUACAGUUUAGAUCACACAAAACUUUUCCUUUAAAGACAAUAUAACUCAGCUGUCUUUUAAAAGAGCUGUGUUGUUAUCUAACUAUUUGCAGUCUUUUUUCAGAGCAAAUUCUAACAGUUGUGAAUUGUUUAAAAAAAUAGAAAAUUACUAAAAUAUUAGUUUUAGGGGUUUUAUAGAGGGAGAAAAACUAAAUGGGACCAAAGUUUAUGUGCCUUCUUCAGUAGUCUUAAUUGACCUUUUCUUCCUAUUCAAGACUGAGGUAGUAUCAGUAUUCUGGUUUUCAGGAAGUAUGUACUAUAUAGUUUUAAAAGAAUGUUAUCCCACAGACUAUUCAUACAAGCGAAGAAUUGUAACUGUGUAAAUGAAGCCUCAGUUACACUUUUGCCUUUGUUGCAUAAUAUUUAUUAUAUAGCAUUGUGCAGGUUCAAGAACAGAACUGCUCGCUCUAGAUCUUUGUGGUAGUCAUCUUAGUUUCUGUAACCUGAGGCCUGUGUUCCAGAGAACAGGGAUAUUUGUCUGGUCCAGUGACCUUGGUGAUACUAGUCACAAUGGAAAGCUGCUUAUGGCAAGCUCGAUUCAGCACUGUAAACAGAUUUUUGUUCUUGUGUUAUUUUCAAUUUUUGAAUCUAUAUAGUAGUUGUAAUAACAAAUAUUUAAAUAGCUAUUUUUGAUGUCAGACUCUGGCCUUUUUCCCCCUUUCCAUUGUUACCCGGGUAUUUAAAAAAUUCAUCCCACAUCCAGAAAGUACUAAUUGUAAAGAUCGCUGACCAAGCAAAGUUUUGCAUCAAAAUGUCACCUCAUUGCUCUGACCAAAGACUGACUUCUGGUUGUAACUCCUUUCUAUUAAGCAUUUUUCCCCAAGCUCCUUCCUGAAAGAAGACCCAGCGCAGAGCGGCCUUUACUUUCUAUUUCCUAUUGGUGAAUAGACUACUUGAUAUUACUUAGAGAAAAUGGGAGUUUAAAUGUGAACAGAGUGGGUUAGGAUGACAAGGGUUUGAUGGGCAUUUUCAGUACUGUACUUAAGAAAAAAAAUAGCACAGCUAGGAGCCUAUGACAUUGUCUCGUGUUUUGCGUGGUCUGUUCAUAAGAUGCCCUUUUUCAGUUUAUAAGAAUGUUCAUCUAACAGAAGAAGAUGCUGUAAAUAUUUGUAACAACAUUUUUUUUAACCAGGCCAAAAAAAGAAAAAAAAGGGGGGUUUGGGGAACAAGUUAACAUAUAAAGUGGUUUUAUAUAAAACAUCGAUUAUCUUGUAUAUUUUGAUAAGCAGCAGUACCAGCUUCAUUUGUAACAGUUUGUGGCAUUGGGAAAAAAGGAUUCUGUUAUUGUUGACGUGAACUAUGUUAUAAAUGCAAAGAGAAGAUAAAAUAUUAAAAAAAAACAUAUUUUCUAAAUGCGUCGUGCAUGGUUAAUUCAAGCUUCUGUACACUACAGUUUAUUCCAUUCUCGUUCAGUUUGUAUGUUUGCCAGCUAUUACUUGAUAUCUCUAAUCUCUUUUCCUAACAAGUAUAGCAUUGUAGCAUGCCUUUUAAUAAAUGUCAUGACAUCUGUGCGCUCUGAAA